AUGUAAACUCAAUAAUUUGGAAGUGAUGCAAAAGCAUAUAAAGAGUAGGCAUAAUAAAGAAAAUAAUAAAAAAUUGAAAAGUUAUGGAAUGAAAUUGAAAAAAAUCCAGAAUUGAGUCCUGUAUUUAUUAGUAUUUGAUUCUAGCAAUUUCUAUUAUUGAAAAAAAAAAUAAAAAAUUCUCAUAAGAAAAGAGAAGAAACUUCUGGAAUGAUUUUAAGUAUGAAAGAAGAAUAUAAUCAAUUAAAAGCAGAUAUUAAAGAGUUUCUAAAAAAAUAAAACAAAAUAAAGUCAGUGAACAAUCCUGCUAAUAAUAAAUGA